AUGUCGGAACGUGAUAAUAGAGUCGAUGGACACGAAAGUGAUCGGGAUAGUUCUAUUUCGGAAGUUUAUGCGACCGUGAAUGACGAUAUCGUUGAUAAUGCAAAACACGAAAUAGGAAUACCAAAAAGACAAAAGAAAAAAAAAGGUAAAAAGGGUAAAAAACCUAUCAAGGAUGCGGGGGGAUCGGAAAAGAAAAAAACAGAAAUGAAACCUCCUUCGCCGAGAACGAUUUCAUCAAAAUCAACAUUUGCACUCAUUGCAAAAGAAUUAAAAGCGAAAAGAUUGGCACAAAUGGCCCGAGCGGCUGCCAUGGCUAAGAAAAAAAAGAAAAAUAGAGUUUUAAGAGAUGAAGAAAUAUAUACGGAUAAAGAUAGAGCUGCGGCUGUAAACAUGGGUACGAGCGACAUUAAACAAAGUUUGCAAAAUAAAAAAAAACAAGAUAAAAAUUUUGAUUUACUCAUGCCCGAAGAAGGGGAUCCAUCGACUCUUUUGGCACUCGGAAGCUCCGAAUUACGUAGUGGAAAUUUAAAAAUUGCUUUAAAUUUUAUCAACAAGGCUUUAGAUCUUAAUCCCGAUGAUAAGAAUGGAUUAGUUGCAAGAAGUAAAUGUUACAUAUGUCUUGGUGAACCACAAUUGGCAUUAAAGGAUGCAGAAACAGCUUUGGUUAAAGAUAAAACCUUUGUAAGAGGUAUUUUUCAAAAAGCAGAAGCUUUGUAUUAUUUAGGAGAUUUCGAACACAGCUUGAUGUUUUAUCAUAGAGGACACAGAAUCAGGCCAGAGCUCGAAUGUUUUCGUUUAGGAGUACAAAAAGCACAAGAAGCCAUUGAAAAUACGAUAGGAGGUACCUCAAAUUUAAAAAAUUGUAAGAAAGUUAAAAAUUCCAUAUCUUCACAACGUUCCUCGAGUACAAAGAUGGAAAGUAACAGAACAAACAAAUCAUCAAGCGAUAAAUCCAGUAAUGAAGUCGAUACAAGAAGUUGCAGCACGACAACAACCACAACAACCACAACCGAUAAGAACAAAAUAAAACAUGGAAGAAGUAAAUCGGCAGCACCAUUAACCAAAAAACCAUCAAAUAAUUCUGGUUUCUUAGGUGAACUCGAUGCGGAUAGAAUAUAUUUAGAAAAUUUAUUAAAACAUCCAGGUAUGUCCAGAUUUAAAAUGCUCUAA